AUGGCUAGGGUCUUCCGGUUCCUCGUCUUGGUUAAUCGGCAACCUAGCGCUUGUGGCAUACCUCCAACUCCGAUCAAUGCACCCAGGUCGCAGGACCAGAAGCAAGCAACAAUGGAACUGAAUGAAGCAGCGAAGAUAUCACUUUGUGGGAAAGAUGUAGAUCCUGAUAAGAUGCUUCAGUGGGAAGAGAACAUUGCAGUUUUAUUAUGCAAGCUUGAGAAGAUUUUCCCACCUGGAUUUUUCAAUUCAAUGGAGCAUCUAAUGGUGCACCUCCCAUAUGAAGCAAGAGUUGGAGGACCUGUACAAUAUCGGUGGAUGUUCAUCAAGAAACUUAUGAGGAAAGUCACUAAUAAGGCACGUGUUGAAGGAUCAAUUGUGGAGGCCUAUCUUCUGGAAGAAAUUUCCCACUUCACAUCGCUGUAUCUACCUAAUCUCAUCGCAAACUCACAAAACCGGCCAACCCGUUAUGCUCAAGAGGUUCAGCCUUCUACAAGUACCCUUGGAAUGUUUCAACUCCAGGGAUGGAAAAGUGGUAGGGGUGUGCCCAGACUUUUAACAACAGAGGAGUACAAGCAAGCCAUGAUUUAUGUGUUAACAAACCUACCAGAAAUGGAUGAAUAUGUACAGAAGUUUGAAGAUGAGCAGUGGAGGCGUCCUCAACCACCAACUCCAAAGCAAUUGGAAAACUUGAGGCUUAAUGGAGUUGGUCAUGGAAAGCCAAACUUGCUGGAUUGGUUCGAAGAAUAUUGCAUCAAACAUACUAGUGUACCUGAUGAGUUGCGGAGAUUAUCAAGAGGAUGCCUCUUUAAAGUGAAGUCCUAUGAUAUUUAUGAAGUAAAUGGGUACAGAUUUCGCUCAGAGAGUUAUGAAAAGAAGAAGAGAAGGCUAAGCACUGUCAACUCUGGUGUGCUCACUGUUGGUGAAGAGCUAGAGUACUACGGCAUUAUAAAAGACAUAAUAGAGCUGAAGUUUGAUGGAAACGGGGAUUUUAGCCUUGUAUUAUUUGAAUGCCGCUGGUUCCACCCGAUUGAUGGAGUUCGAAGACGAGAUGACAUAGGAUUGGUGGAAGUUAAACAUGAGUCAACCAAUCCAGCAAAUGAGCCAUUUGUGCUUGCUAGCCAAGUAACACAAGUUUAUUAUCUUCCAUAUGCAUGCAAGUCAGAUCCAAAUUUAAAUAAGUGGUGGAUUGCAUACAAGGUCAGGCCACCAGGAAGCUUGCCCAUUCCCUCGUUGGAUGACUACAAUGCUGAAGAAACACCUUCAAAUGUUGAUGACGUCUACCAAGAGGAUGCUUUGGAUGGUGUUUCCAAGAUAUCCAUUAAUAUUGGAGAUGGCCUGGAUAACCUUACCAUCAACGAGAAUGAUGAAAUUGUUAACCCAAAAGAUCUAGAAGCGAUAAAGAAGCGACAAAGUGAAAUAACCCCAAAGGCUAAACUGCCUAUUUCAGCACCAUUUGAGGAGGAAGAAACUGACUCUGAUGCAGAAUCAGAAGAUGGAGAGGACUUGCAAUUACCACAUGAAGACAUUGAUGAUUUCUAG